AACACAACAACAUUAAAUAUAAAAAUGUCUGAUCAAGUCAUAGUUUGUACAUUCGCCAUAAUAGGUGGUGGUAUAGCAGGUGUUUCUUGCGCGGAAGGUAUAAGCAUUUUUAUGCCUGAAGAAAGUACUGUAUUAAUUACUGCAAGUCCAUUAAUUAAAACAGUAACAAAUAUUAUUCCAUUGGGUAAAACAGUGAUGCAAUUUGACAUUGAAGAAAAGCAUGCAGAAACGCUUACUGAAAAGUAUCCUUCUUUAAGAGUUAUACACGAAACUGUAACUAAUAUAGACAUUAAUGAGAAAUAUAUUACAACUGAAAGUGGAAGAUUAAUAAAAUAUACAAAAUUAUGUCUUUGUACCGGCGGUAGAGCAAAACUUAUAACGGAAAAUAAUAAAUAUGUUAUAGGUAUUAGAGAUACUGAAUCUGUAAUUCAAUUUUCUCAAAAGAUUCAAAAUGCUAGAAAAAUUGUAGUUGUGGGAAAUGGAGGCAUCGCAACUGAACUUAUACACGAAGUCAAAAAUGUUGAUGUAGUUUGGGUGAUUAAGGAUAAACACAUAUCUGCGACAUUUAUUGAUCCAGGUGCAGCUGAAUUCUUUUUAGACGAUAUUUACGAUAGAGAUAAAUCAGAAAAUAUUGAUGAAACUAAGCCUGUACGAAGAAUGAGAUAUACUAUCACUAGUGAAUCAUCUAAGGAAGGAGGACCUGCUCUUGGUCCAGAUUGGCAUAAUCAUCUUUUUAUAAAAGGCAUCUCCUCAUCGACCAACAGAAAAAUCCAAAUUGAAUAUGAAUGCGAAGUAAAGAAAAUUCUUCUGGAAGAAGAGGAAGAAAAAGAAGAAACCGAAUGUAAAGAUACAGAUAAAUGGCCUGUCUAUGUAAAAUUAACAAACGGUAAAGUUAUCGGUUGUGAUUUCAUAGUAUCUGCAACAGGUGUUGUACCAAACUCAAAUUUAACAGGUUUAGAAAACCUUGAGAAAGGAGAAGAUAAAGGUUUAUGUGUCGAUUGGAAAUUAGAAACUUCAGAAAAGGAUAUUUAUGCAGCGGGAGAUGUGUGUACUGCAAGAUGGGAUAUUGCAAAACAUUGGUUUCAAAUGAGACUUUGGACACAAGCGCAUCAAAUGGGCUUUUAUGCUGCAAAAUCUAUGACAUCGAGUCAUAAAGGAGAAGAUUACAUGCAAGAUUUUUGUUUUGAACUGUUUACCCAUGUCACUAAAUUCUUUGAUUAUAAAGUAGUCUUAAUAGGUUUGUAUAAUGGUCAAAAGUUAAAUCAAAAUUAUGAAAUAUUGCUUCGAAUGACCAAAAAAGAAGAAUAUAUAAAACUUAUAUUAGAAAAUGGAAAAUUACAAGGAGCAGUACUUAUAGGAGAUACUAAUUUGGAAGAAAUGUGUGAGAACCUUGUUCUUAAUCAAAUAGAUUUGACUCCAUUUGGCGAUGAUAUACUUGAUCCUAAUAUUGAUAUUGAAGAUUACUUUGAUUAACUAAAUAAACUUGUUAUACAGCUGUAUAACACUAUGGUUUA